CGUCAAUCGCCUGUCACGCACAUGACUUCUAUUUGUCGUCUGAUCAUCAGCUUACAUCUCGUUUAGUGUUGUGGCUGUAGGACUAACUCCUGCUAAAUUACGUAAUUAAGUUGUUAGUAGUGCAGUAAGGUGAUGGGAAACCAUCACAGCCACGAUCCGAAGGUGGGGAGUGAGCAGGCGGGGAGCGGAACGAGCAGUCCGCGCGGGUCUCAGCGCGGCGCUGGCUCGCGCUCGGGCUCCGGCGGCGACCUGCAGGGGCUCGCCGAAGCCAAGGAGAAGGCGCCGCCGUCCAUGGUGCCGGUCGAGAAGCUCGGCAAGUUGCUCGCGCAGAGGUCUCAGAAAGAAGAUGGCGUCAAUGGAGUCACAGAGAAAUCAUUCACAAAGUACCUGUUCCCGAUGUACCCGGAGCUGGCGCGACAGUUCUACAAGUACAUUCACCGGACGGGCAAGUGCAAGAACAAACACAUCCCGCUCUCCGUGUUCAAGCAGCACUGCGAGAAGAUCCUCGCCAUGCUCGACGACGCGCUCAUCAUCGAGACAUACGUCAGAAUGUUCAGCGCGGACACAGACGAAAAUAUGAUGACUCCCGAAGGUUUGCGGUGUCUGCUUUACACUAGUUACAAACUGUCCAUGGAUCACUACCCUGAGGGACCCCAGACAUGUCUCAUGAUAAAUAAAACUCUAUCAUCGGUAGUAAAUGGAUGUUUCAACAAAAAAGACGCGCACAGUAUCGGAUUCGUAGUUCGUUGGCUUGAAGAACACUGUCAUCGACUGAUAUUCCCUGUUCAUAGGUACUGCGUGCACAUGCUGGCGACGCGCCACCGCGACAUGCAGGCGUGCGUGGAGUCGCUGGGCUCGGGCGCGGGGCUGGAGCUGGCCACGCCGGUGCUGGAGCGCAGCGCGUGGCAGGCGGCGUCGGCGCUGCUGCCGGUGUCGGCGGCCUGGCUGCUGGCCGGCACCGCGCCGCCGCUGUACUCGCGGCCGGCCGCGCCGCCGCCCGCCGCGCUGGCCUCGGCCGCGUGGCUGGCGCGCCUGGUGUGCGCCGUGCCCUCGCACUGGGCGCCGCUCUACGCCUCGCGCGACCACGGACUCGGCGCCAACCGGUUCCUGCACCACACGCUCGCCUACCGAGGCCCGACGCUGGUGUUGGUGCAGGCGGCGGACAUCACGCUGGUGGUGUGCGCGUCCUGCGAGUGGCGCGAGACGCACCAGUACUGGGGCGGGCCCGACUGCGCGCUGCUGCAGCUGCAUCCCACGUUCAUGGUGGUAGAGAAGGCUCCGAAGAUGUUGUACCUGAACACGUCGAUCCGCGGCUACCCGAAGGGCCUCCGCGCCGGGUCGGACCCGCGCAAGCCGCUGCUCGCCAUCGCAGAGGACUUCGACUCCUUCACCUUCAGCGGGGUGCCUUACUCGCUGCAGGCUAUCGAGGUAUGGGGCUGUGGUGACCAGGCUUCUCGGGAAACACAGCUAGAGAUCAAGAAAUGGCAAGUCAAAGAAGCCGAGAGGCAGCGACAGGUAAAGCUAUCAGCCGCGGACUGGAUAGAGCACCCCGACAGGUACCUGUUAGAGCUGGCCGGCCGCCCGCAGUACAACAACUCCGCCAGCUAGGGCCGCGCCUAACAUACUACUAAAGUUAUGCGUUUUAUAUACAUUGCGUCUCAAAGGUGUAAGAAUUCGAACUGGUUUGGGCGAGGUGAUGUGAGAAUGAGAUACUGAAUACGUUUGCGUGAGAAUGCCUUUCAUAUAUACUUGUAAAAUAUUAAGUCGUGAGUUCAAGCGACUCAUUUCAUGCUUCUGGGGUUCCACUAACACCUUUGCAAGCAGAUCUUACUUCCAGCUGUGUUUCUUCAAGAGGUGUUUGUAGGCCCCACGCAAAAGCGUAUCAAAUGACUGUUGAAAUGUAACAGUAAAGUAAUAAAACUCAUGAAAAAAUUGGAUCAUUUAUGACGUAAUGUAAUAUCUAAUAAAGUUGAAACAGUUGAGUACAGUCGAGCAUUCAACAACAGCGCCUUUAUGUGGAGGCAAUAAGGUUUAUUUUUGUAAUUGAUAGUUACACAAUGAGGUCUUUUGUAUGAGGAUUUUGUCAAAACAUUGGCUCCAUCAGUGACAUCCAAUGUAUAAAAAAUCUAGCCUAAUGCCUAAAUGACUAUUUUUUUAUUUUGUAUCCAUGCUUUUCAAGGCCAUAGCUUAAAUAAAUAUGGCUUUUUACAUCCUCCCAAUUUGUAAAGUGGUUCACUGUUUUAGUAGUUAGUUAGCAUUUAAAUGAUAUUAAAAUAUACAAAGGUUGAUAUUGUUUUAGAGCAUAAAAUAGAUAAAUUAUGAUUAAUUAUCAAGAAUGGUCAAUGUACGUACACACGCAAUACAUACAUGUAUUGUUUUAUAUUAUACGUAAGGAAUUAAAGUUUAAUCAUUUGCAAGUGCUCUUCUUCUGAACGACUUUCGCCGGGCAGUUCCAAAAUCUCAAAUUGACAAGAUUGUGGUGAUAAAAUGAUAAGAAUGAAAUAACCUCUCUCAAUCCCUAUUUAGUUUUCUUCUAAGAGAGUACUUAUUCGCUUCGUACUUAAACGUGUUUAUUUAUUUAUUACUUUUUUCUAUUGUUUUUUUCCGCGUUUUGCGCUCCUCUGUAGAUUGUCACGUAAUCUCAUUGUUUCCAAAAUGUAUGAAUUGAAUUCUUUUGUAAAGAACAACUACUUUCAUCCUUAUUUUUGUAAAGUAUUUUGCUCAAUAUAACAAUUCCAAUUGAGCAUAAGAUAGAUGAAUAUAGGUAUAUUUUUUCAUGUUGUAACAAUAACACUUACUGCCAGUGUUAAUUAAAUUUAUAUCCUUAUUUUUGUGUUUGCACGUUUUUGAUUUAAAAGGCGACCUCAACUAUGAUUAUAAGUCAUGCCAAAUAUAUCGAAAUUUUUAUUUGGGUACCUAACGAAUAUGUUACAGAUUGGUAUUAACAAAUCUAGCAUUAUAAAACUAAAAAGUAAAAAGACUGUGUGAAGCAGACAAACUUUUCAACGUCAGCUUUAAAGAUUAUAAAUAUUUAAUUUUGUAAUCGAGUUUGACAUUACAUAACACACAUAAUAACGUUCCUAUUGUAGAAGCCAUAAACACGAGUCACUUAGCGCGGUACGUGAUGCCCACGCGCGUUACUUUAUUUUUAUAAAUGGACCAAAAUGUUUUAUGAUACUGCACUAGAUUAAGCUGGACGAUGACGUAGCUAUUAGUCAGUUAUUAGUAAGUUAUUCUUUUCAUGAUGGUAACAGACGGCUUUGAUUCUCAGAUUAUUGUAAAAAACAUUCUUUUUUUUUUGUUUACUCGGAGGCACCGCAAUGAGCGUUCGUCUAUACAAAUCAGUCUGACAUAAGUAAAGCCUAAAAUAAAUUACAAUUAUAAUAGUCGUCAAUUAGUUCUUAACAAGUUUAAAAUAUCGAUGUCAUAAAGAUGAACUGUUUUCUGUGUUCAAUUAACCAGAGAUGUAUAAUAACAAUUAUCUUAUGAGGUAUGAUGAUUUUCUAUUUCCUGCGAUACAUCACAGGCAUUGCUUGACGUAACUUGCACAGUCAGUUAUAAGCGCUUAGUAAAUGUAUUAUAGGUGCUAUAUGAAUGCUUUUGUAGAUAUAUAAGUAUUUUGUGUAUAAUAAAUGUAAAUUUUAAUAAUAAAUAUAGUAUUUUAGUAAA